AUGACCUUCAUCCUCACAUCCCUGCUCUGGCUGGAGAUACUCCAGAAGCCUAUCCUCAGAGCACUACCAGACUCUGUGGUCUUCAUGCACACUGGAGUGACCCUCUUGUGUGAAGGGACAUCAGGAGCCACAAAGUAUUAUCUCUAUCAAAAGGAAGACCCAUAUUCAAGGUAUACUGAAAUGUUCCCUGAGCCUGGGAACAAGGCUGAAUUCACCAUCUCAAGAAUUGACCGGCACCAUGCUGGACCAUAUCAAUGUUACUAUCAGACCUAUUAUGGAUCAUCAGCGUACAGUAACACCCUGGAGCUGGUAGUGACAGGAGCAUACAAUAAACCCAGCCUGUCAGCCCAGCCCGGCCCUGUGGUGACCUCAGGAAAAACAGUCACCCUCCAGUGUGUUUCAGAGUAUUAUAACAAGUUCAUUUUCACUAAGGAAGGACCACAGAAGCAGUCCUGGAAGAAGAAUUCACAGUAUAACCAUUCUAUAGAUAAGUACCAGGCCUCAUUCUCUGUGGGUCCAGUGACCUCCAGCCAGAGGUGGACAUUCACGUGCUACAGCCAUAGCAUGAACAAUCCAUGGGUGUGGUCAUUUCCUAGUGACCCCCUGGAGCUCCUGUUCUCAGGGAACCUCCAGAAACCCAUCAUCAAAGCUGAGCCAGGCUCUGUGAUCACUUCCGGAAGUUCCACAACCAUCUGGUGUCAGGGAACUCCAGAUGCAGAAAUAUACGUUCUGCAUAAAGACGGAAGCCAGAAACCCUGGGGAACACAGACCCCAGAGGAGCCUGGGAACAAGGCCAAGUUCUCCAUGCAUGAUGUGACCGAGGAACAUGCAGGGCAAUAUCGCUGUUACUGUUACAGCUCGGCUGGGUGGUCAGAGCGCAGUGACACCCUGGAACUGGUGGUGACAGGAACCUACUACACUAAACCCAGCUUGUCAGCCCUACCCAGCCCUGUCGUGACCUCAGGAGGAAACAUGACCCUCCAGUGUGUCUCACAGAAUCGAUAUGAUAAAUUCAUUCUCACCAAGGAUAAUCUGAAGUUUACCAAGUCCCUCGACCCACAGUAUAAACGCUCUGCUACACCGUACCAAGCCCUGUUCCCUAUGGAGCACAUGACCCUAAACCACAUAGGGACAUUCAGAUGUUAUGGGUACUACAAGGAUACCCCACAGUUGUGGUCAGUACCCAGUGAGCCCCUGGAAAUACACAUCUCAGGUGAGCUGUCCAAGAAGCCAUCUCUGUUGGCUCACCAAGGCCAUAUCCUGGGCCCUGGAAUGAGCCUCACCCUGCAGUGUUCCUCUGACAUCAACUAUGACAGAUUUGCUCUGUACAAGGAGGGGAAAGCUGACUUCACACAGCGCUCUAGCCAGCAGACCCAGGCUGGCCUGUCCUUGGCUAACUUCACACUGGGCUAUGUGAGAUAUGACAUGGGAGGACAAUACAGGUGCUAUGGUGCACACAGCCUCUCCUCUGAGUGGUCAGCCUCCAGUGAUCCCCUGGACAUCCUGAUCUCAGAAUACCUCAGUGUCAUUCCUUCCCUCUCAGUGAAGCCUAACUCUACAGUCCACUCAGGAGAGAACGUGACCCUGCUGUGUCAGUCAACAUCCAGAGUAGACACUUUCAUUCUGUCCAAGGAGGGAUCGGCCCACCAACCCCUGCGGGGACUGGGACCAUUUGGAGACUCUAGCAUGCCACCUUCAGGGUCCAUACCAUCAGCUGAGAUACUCCAGAAGCCUAUCCUCAGAGCACUACCAGACUCUGUGGUAUUCAUGCACACUGGAGUGACCCUCUUGUGUGAAGGGACAUCAGGAGCCACAAAGUAUUAUCUCUAUCAAAAGGAAGACCCAUAUUCAAGGUAUACUGAAAUGUUCCCUGAGCCUGGGAACAAGGCUGAAUUCACCAUCUCAAGAAUUGACCGGCACCAUGCUGGACCAUAUCAAUGUUACUAUCAGACCUAUUAUGGAUCAUCAGCGUACAGUAACACCCUGGAGCUGGUAGUGACAGGAGCAUACAAUAAACCCAGCCUGUCAGCCCAGCCCGGCCCUGUGGUGACCUCAGGAAAAACAGUCACCCUCCAGUGUGUUUCAGAGUAUUAUAACAAGUUCAUUUUCACUAAGGAAGGACCAGAGAAGCAGUCCUGGAAGAAGAAUUCACAGUAUAACAGUGCUAUAUAUAAGUACCAGGCCUCGUUCUCUGUGGGUCCAGUGACCUCCAGCCAGAGGUGGACAUUCAGGUGCUACAGCCAUAGCAUGAACAAUCCAUGGGUGUGGUCAUUUCCUAGUGACCCCCUGGAGCUCCUGUUCUCAGGGAACCUCCAGAAACCCAUCAUCAAAGCUGAGCCAGGCUCUGUGAUCACUUCCAGAAGUUCCACAACCAUCUGGUGUCAGGGAACUCCAGAUGCAGAAAUAUAUGUUCUGCAUAAAGAGAAAAGCCAGAAAUCCUGGGGAACACAGACCCCAGAGGAGCCUGGGAACAAGGCCAAGUUCUCCAUCCAUGAUGUGACUGAGGAACAUGCAGGGCAAUAUCGCUGUUACUGUUACAGCUCGGCUGGGUGGUCAGAGCGCAGUGACACCCUGGAACUGGUGGUGACAGGAACCUACUACACUAAACCCAGCUUGUCAGCCCUGCCCAGCCCUGUCGUGACCUCAGGAGGAAACAUGACCCUCCAGUGUGUCUCACAGAAUCGAUAUGAUAAAUUCAUUCUCACCAAGGAUAAUGUGAAGUUUACCAAGUCCCUCGACCCACAGUAUAAACGCUCUGCUACACCGUACCAAGCCCUGUUCCCUAUGGAGCACAUGACCCUAAACCACAUAGGGACAUUCAGAUGUUAUGGGUACUACAAGGAUACCCCACAGUUGUGGUCAGUACCCAGUGAGCCCCUGGAAAUACAUAUCUCAGGGCUGUCCAAGAAGCCAUCUCUGCUGGCUCACCAAGGCCAUAUCCUGGGCCUUGGAAUGAGCCUCACCCUGCAGUGUUCCUCUGACAUCAACUAUGACAGAUUUGCUCUGUACAAGGAGGGGGAAUCUGACUUCACACAGCGCUCUAGCCAGCGGACCCAGGCUGGCCUGUCCUUGGCUAACUUCACACUGGGCUAUGUGAGAUAUGACAUGGGAGGACAAUACAGGUGCUAUGGUGCACACAGCCUCUCCUCUGAGUUGUCAGCCUCCAGUGACCCCCUGGACAUCCUGAUCUCAGAAUACCUCAGUGUCACUCCUUCCCUCUCAGUGAAGCCUAACUCUACAGUCCACUCAGGAGAGAACGUGACCCUGCUGUGUCAGUCAACAUCCAGAGUAGACACUUUCAUUCUGUCCAAGGAGGGAUCGGCCCACCGACCCCUGCGACUGAAAUCAAAGUUCCAACCUUGGCAGUACCAGGCUGAAUUCUCCAUGAGUGCUGUGGCCACCAGCUUCACGGGCACCUACAGAUGCUAUGGAUCUGAAGAUACAUCUCUCUACCUGUUGUCCUACGCCAGUGCCCCUGUGGAGCUCAAGGUAUCAGGACCCAUGGGAGACUCCAGUUUACCACCAUCAGGGCACAUGCCACCAACAGGACUGAGGAGUUACCUAAAGGUUCUGAUCGGAGUCUCUGUGGCCUUUCUCCUGCUCCUCAUCAUCCUCAUCUUCCUCCUUCUCCGACGAAGGCAUCAGGAAAAAUUCAGGAAGAAUGCCCAGAAAGAGACAGAAUUGCAACUCCCUGCAGGAGCUGCAGAGCCAGGAACCAGGGACAGAGGCUCCCAGAAGAGGUCCAGCCCAGCUGCUGCCACCCAAGAAGAAAGUCUUUAUGCUUCCAUGGAGGACAUUCGACUUAAGGAUGGUGUGGAUCUGGACAGUUGGCGACCGCCUGAGGAAGACCUGCAGGGAGAGGCACAUGGCCAGGUGAAACCUUCCAGGCUCAGGAAAGCAGGAACUCCCUUACCUUCUGCCAUGUCAAGUGAGCACGUGAACACAAAGGAUGGGCAAGCAGAAGAGGACAGAGAGGUGGACAGUCAGGCUGUGGAACCUGAGGAGCCACAGGAUGUGACCUAUGCCCAGCUGUGCAUCAGGACACUCAGCAGGAGGACAGCUGCACCUUCUCCCUCCCAGGCAGGGGAAGACCCAGAGGAGCCCAGUAUAUAUGCUGCUCUGGCGGCUGCUCAUCCAGAGGCUGUUCCCAAGGACAAGGAGCAAUGACCCUCUGCCUGCCAGGAUGGCUAACAGGCCUCCAAGGGAUUCUGGGAACUUUGAGCAACUUAUAUGAGCUUUAACUAACAUCACACAGCAUGGAAAUGAAGCCAGAGAUUUCUCAAUAACCAAGUGAAAUGAGAAAUGAAAUAGGAAAGAAGGGUUUUUCACUGGGUGCUAAUUGUAUGCAAUCCUGGUUGCACAGCCUCAUAAUUCCAACCCCUAAGAGGCUGAGGCAGGACAACUGCCAUUGCUUGUGGCCACCUUGGGACACCUAGUGAGUUUCAUGCCAGCCUGGGUUACAGAGUGAGACAUGUUUCAAACAACAUUAACUACCAAAGGCCAGGGAGGAGGUACACAAAUGAAAUCCUAACAAUCUGGAGUGAUGGACAGGAGGAUCAAGAGGUCAAGGGCAUCUUCAGCUACAUAGCCUAGAAGAGGGCAGCUUGGACCACACCAGAUCCUGUUAAAAA